ACUGGUCGCGCCGAUAGCGAAUUCUGUACAGUGGAUGACAUCACACCUAUGGCUCCAGCUGACGCUUGUUAAACACAAAACACGGAUUAUGCAUAGGACAAAUCAUGGUGAUAUUAUGAGCAACGUGUUACAGAUGAAUCAGUGCUCGGGUAGAGAGUCGAUGAACAGUCAUAUUUCAGACACCAGUCGCCCACUUCUAGGUCGGUCGUCAUAAUGGAUCUAACGCGCUGCUUGAACUGUGUCGUAUUGGUCGUGAUAUACUGUCUGUUGUGCCUAUCAAAGCCAUCAUUAGCUAAAUCGUCAGUAGACGUAGCAGGACUACAGUUCCAUCAUAAUUUGAAAGAAAGAGAUAUUCAGUUUUACUUUGGUACGCGUGAUCUCGACGAAGUUCCAGAAUAUGAGAUUGUUAAACCCGAACGAAAGAAGAGAAAUGCAAGACAAACCACGACAACCAUGCACCAUAAAAUCAACGCAUUUGGGGAAGAUUUCCUCUUAGACACUCGGCCAAACACUAAACUACUCAGCCCUGGUUUCCAUAUCCAUUACUCCGCCGGCAAUGGUUCUACUUGGCUUGAGACGUUACCUAGCAACCCGUGUUAUUAUGGACAUUCACAAAACCACGAAGACUCCAAGGCAUAUGUUGGAGUGUUUGACGAUCGAUUGAUUGGUUUGAUAAUGUACGGAAACUACACGGUGUACAUCCAGCCAGUGAAAUCAGAUCAUUACGACUAUAUCCCAAACACUGAAAGCGACAACGCCCAUAUAAUACAUAGGCGAAGCACUGCGCCCUCACAGGCCUUCCCAAAUCUGAGAACAAAGAGAAGUAGUUACGGACCCCAUUACGUCGAGUUACAAGUUGUAGCGGACUCCACUAUGUAUAGUUACCAUGGUGACGACACAGCUCAGUAUAUACUUUCUAUGUUGAAUGGGGUGGCUGCACUUUACGACGAUGAUUCCUUAGGCGUGGAUAUAACUCUGUACUUAACAAAACUAGAAAUAAUAGCUGGGCAAGAGCCAGAGGUUGUUGCUGACGCAGAUACUUCGCUGAACAGAUUCCGCAACUAUAUGAUACCAAAGUACAUUUCAGACGAAUCUAGUCCACUGCAUUUUGACAUAGCAGCACUCAUAACCAGGGUGGACCUUUCUUACAUGGGUGACUACAUGGCCACUGGUUUGGCUUAUAAAUACGGAGCAUGUAACCCUGGUGCAAUGUAUUCUAUCAGUGAAGACAGUGGACCAAUGGAAUUAGUGCUUACUUUAGCACAUGAAAUCGGACACAACCUUGGUAUGCGCCAUGAUGGGGAUCAAAACACCUGUGCUGACAGAGUCAACAUCAUGACGGGUUAUCCAGUAGGUGGGGUCAACUCAGAGAAAUGGUCAUGGUGUAGUGAUGCAGCUAUUAAACAAUUCUUAGAUUCUAACGAUUCUGGAUGUCUGAACCAACUACCAUCAUCUGGUAACAUACUGAAAAUUGAUUAUAAGAAUGAACCAGCACCGGGUUUAAUCUAUGGCACAGACCAGCAGUGUCAAAUGAUAUACGGAAACGAUGCUCUCGGGUGUACUGAUGUACAAAUCAGUGGCGAGGAAAAAUGUUUGAAACUAAGGUGCUUUCAAGCGUCCAAGAGUUCGUUCUGCUUAACUAACCCUCAACCUCCUUUAGAUGGCACCUCAUGUGGCAGUGAGAAGUGGUGCAAGAAGGGUAUAUGCGAGUAUAAACCGGUGUUAUCAGAAGGAGAAACUGGAUUACAGGAUGAAGAUGAAGAAGAGUGGUGGAUGAAUGAAGACAGCAGUCUAUUCUCUGAAUGGGAUGAAGAUGAUGAAUACAACCCUGGGCAGUAUCCUCCAGAAACAUCAACCAACAACGGAUAUCAACAACCAACAGAUUAUAACCCAGGUGCCGGUUAUCCUCAAGACCAAAAUAGCCAAGAAAAUGCUGGAUAUCCACAAUACCAAUAUAACCCGGAGACUGGAGACAAUACCGGAUAUCCACAAGACCAAAAUAACCCAGAAAAUUUUGGAUAUCCACAAGACCAAUAUAAUCCGGAGACUGGAGACAAUACCGGAUAUCCACAAGACCAAUAUAACCCGGAGACUGGAGAGAAUACUGGAUAUCCACAAGACCAAAAUAACCCAGAAAAUUUUGGAUAUCCACAAGACCAAUAUAACCCGGAGACUGGAGACAAUACCGGGUAUCCACAAGACCAAUAUAACCCGGAGACUGGAGACAAAACCGGAUAUCCACCAGAAGAACAAUUAAUUCCGACUGAACAACCAAUCACAACAGCAACCUAUCCAGCUUACCAGAUCGGUUGGAUAGUUGGCGAUUACAGCAACUGCAGUGCUGAGUGCAGUGGAGGAAACAAAACACGCACAGUGACUUGUGCCUGGUACAACAGCACAUACCAAAAGGAGUUGGACGAGAUAGUAUGCGCCAAUGUGGACAAACCAACAACCAGGGAAAGCUGCAACAAUUUGCCGUGCUUUUUAAAUUUUGAUUCACUGAAUACGAUGUUUGAAGAUCAAACUAUUAAAUUUGGUUCCAUCAUAUUUGGCUUAGUGCUCAUGGUGCUGGCAUCUUUGUUGGUGUUUGUAGGACUUUACAAAAAGUACAAAAAGUCUAAUCCGGACAAGACGUUUAGAUACAGCCAACUGAGCAAUAGAGACACAGACAUCUGAGAACUGCUUUAAUACAGACUUAUCCAUACUCAUUUCAUAUCAGCAGUAUAUCUGUAUGCAAUGCAAAAUUAAAGCACUACAGUUGCCAGGCCGCAUCACGAUCACUAUGACGAUGAAGGACUGCCUUUAUAGGGUGCCUGUUAUCAUGACGCAAGUUUGAUGCAACAAAAUUUGAAUGCACGCUGCACGGUGACUUUAGCGUUUCAACUCUAUAAUUAGAAAGAAUCUACAUAAAUAGAAGACGAUUUUUUUUAAACAUGAUUUUUUUGCUGUAUAUACAUGUAGUCCACAUUCAUCCUGUAUAGCGUAUGUACGCACAAAAUGUAAACAUAUCAACCGUCCAUCAUCAUGCGAAAAAACGAUGUUGAUUGAUAGAAGACUAGGUUCGAACAUCUAUCAUGUUGUUUAUUGUUAAAUUUUAACAAAAACUCUGUAAAUACGCUAUUUGAAAUAAUUCUAGGAUAAAUUAGAUUUGGGGAAUUGCUACAAAAUUUUUAAUUAUAUAAAGAUGUUUUGCAUUGUAUCAGAAAGAAGAAUAAAUGUUGGCUUUCAUGCUUUG